AAGUGCCAUUUGUUCACAGAUCGCACCAUCACCCUUUCGGUUUAUGCAUCUGGCCCGGCAUAUAAGCCUGCUUUCCAAAUAAGAUUGCGAGGUUAUAACCACAUGUGAUGUUCUAAAAUUAAUUUGGCUUAAAAGUAAGGCAGGGUGGUCCCAGACCAGCUGCGAGACUGUUCUUAGAGUCUCAAUCCGACGUGGCACUCUUCAUGAUGCUUUAUAAAUGAUCCGGGGGAUCAUACCGAUCGCUGAAUCACACAUUCCCGUGUCACGCAGCGCUCAAUUUUACAGGGCAUCUCUUGUGAUGCGAUUGAAAUGGCGCUUUUUUUUCUUUAAAUCAUCAUAAUGGCAUUAUGAGGCAGGGCGUGGUAACUCGCUUGUUUCACUUAAGUACGGAAGCUGUUCGCCGUCGUCAUACUACAAAACCCGUGCGUAAAAGUAGUCCUCAAAUCCUUAACGCUCUGCUGUCCCCGCUCCCUCCCGCCAUGACCGCCCUCUUAAUCCCUCAAACCCUGUUCCCUCUCCCUUUCUUCCCCCAUCCGCGAAACCCUAGCGCUAGAAGCAGGACCGGACCCCGGCGAAAGCCCCUGACCCUAACCGGCUCCAAGGAGGUGGAGCGGGGCGUCGAGUUCGAGACAGGCGACUCCUUCUUCCGCCGCGAGAGCGCCGUCGGCCGCGACCUCGGCGUCCUCGCCGCCGCCCUCCACCGGAUGUCCCUUGGCCGCGGCCUCCGCGUCCUCGAUGCCAUGUGCGGGUGCGGCAUCCGCUCCCUCCGCUACCUCUCCCAGGCCGGCGCGGCCUUCGUGUGGGCCAACGACGCCUUCGAGGGCUACCGGGGCCUCAUCCUCUCCAACCUCUCUGGAGAGGCUAGGGUUUCUCCUGAAGGGGAUAGGAGGUGGGUGGUCACGCAUCUGGUUGCGAAUAAGGUACUAGCGGAGUGUUAUCUCCAACGGGACUUUUUUGAUUUGGUGGAUAUCGAUUCCUUUGGGAGUGAUUCGUCGUUCAUGAGUUUGGCCAUUGCUGCAGUCAAGAUCGGAGGCUUGUUGUACAUCACGUCGACUGAUGGGUACUCAUCGGGCGGGCAUCGGCCUUAUCAUUCUUUGGCUUCAUAUGGAGCAUAUGUUCGCCCGAUGCCAUCUUCAAAUGAGAUUGGUUUACGAAUGCUUAUAGGUGGUGCCUAUCGAGAAGCAGUGGCUUUAGGGUUUCAUUUAUCCCCGCUUUUCUCAUACUAUUCAUACCAUGGACCCGUAUUCAGAGUCAUGCUGCAAGUGGCUCGUGGAAAGCCACAUAAGAACAGCUGGUAUAGUUUCAUUAGCUACUGCAAUCGAUGUGGAAAUUCUCAAACUUUUCCUUGGGAAGAGCUUGGGCAGAUUUCUUGCCCUUGCAGAAAUGGAGGGGUUUCCAGUUCGGUGGUUGUCUCUGGCCCCCUCUGGACUGGUCCUCUUCAUGAUGCUGCUUAUUUAACUGAAAUGUUAAAAUUAGCUAGAGAGUGGGGAUGGGCAUCUACUAAACAGAACGAUGUUGAUUUAGAGAAGCUUCUAAAUCAAAUGAUUGAUGAAAGUGAUCCUCAACUUCCUCCUGGAUACAUCAAACUUGAUGAGAUUGCUCGCCGAGCAAAAAUAAAUUCUCCUCCCAUCAGUACCCUGAUCAGUACUUUAGAGAAGGAAGGAUUUGUGGCGUGCAGGUCCCAUAUUGCUCCCAAUGCGGUCAAGACAAAUUGUCCAAUGGCCGCGUGCAUUCAUAUUGCUAGGGAACUUGGACAUGUAAGAUGACUGAUGAGAGGUCAAAUCAUUGACAUGGAAUCAGCUUCUGGCUUUGCUGCUUAAACCACCGACGGAGGUAAAAAUUCUAUGUUCUGACAGCACCAAAAGCACAGGUGAGAGGUCAAUAGGUUGAACUUUGCAUCCCACCCUUUCUGUUCCAAUUCCAAGGUCAGCAUAACACAAAGAUGUUUGAAAAAGGCGUCCUGUGCAUUUUUACCUUUGUUGCCAUCAUCAGUUUAGACUUUUUUGUACUUUGUAGGUUGCAUCUAACCGUGUAUGUGAACUGUAGAAAGGGAAGUUAUCGCGUGAACUUCAAUUUUGUUGUAACAUGCCCAAUAGAGGUCUUCGAAAAAAGAGAGUAGCUGAAGUUUGGGGUGCCAAAGUUCCAAGCCUGAGUUUCGAUCAAGAACUGCAUUGAGAAUUUGAUGUCAUUCCAAGAAACAGGGCACAAUCCCGACCUCAAGAUGAGGCUUAUACCAUUCCAGUGUAGAUUGGUUUUCUUAUAUCGUGGGUUGUGCUCAAGAUUGCUAAAUCUGCUUAUUCCAAUAGGUCAGGCCAAGCUGUAAUAUGUUUUUCAAGCAUAAUAGUUUAUUAACAGG